UGAGACUCACGUUUAAUUUUUGAACUUUCGUACUAGGAAAGGUUCUACCUGCUUGCCAAGAAAGUGUUUACUUGCUUCCGUGAAAACAGAAGAAAGGAGUUUCUAAUUAUGUAUCCGGAUUUCAUUAUAGGCGCGACGAUGAGUUCCAUUAUCGUGCGAUGGGUUCCCCGUAUUGCGGGAUGGGUUCCCCAUAUCAGUGAAAACAGGAGAAAGGAGUUUGUAAUUCUGGAUCUGCAUUUCAUUUUAGGCGCGACGAUGAUCUGGAAGAUCUAGAAGCUCAGUCUUUCUCAACAUGGCGAUCAACAGGUUCUUUUAAGGAGGUGCAGUUGAAUGUCGGAAAGGGGUUUUCAUCCAGCUUAAUUUAUAAAAUUUCACUCUUUCGACGACGGAAUGAAAACUUCCUUCUACCCGCUUUCAAAUGCAUCUUUAAUCAUCGAUUUUCUUUUUUGGAUCUAUUUUUUUUUAUCCUUUCACUCUCUUAUAUAUGACAGGUAUGGUAGAGUUAUAAUUUGUGAAGAAGAAGGUUAUAUUGCUCCAAAUUACCCUAUUAAGGGAAAGAACAAAUGACUUCUCUUAAAUAUGACAGGUAUGGUGGAGUUAUAAUUUGUGAAGAAGAAGCUCAUAUUGCACCAACUUGCAAAGAACAAAUACUUCUGAUGAUGAAGCAGAAUUUAUUUUUAUGAAUGAUACUUCAUCUAAUCAAGGUGAAAUAUCAGAGAUUUUCUGUGUUGCUAGCUCAGCAUCAGAAGAACAAAUGACUUCUCUUAUAUAUGACAGGUAUGGUGGAGUUAUAAUUUGUGAAGAAGAAGCUCAUAUUGCACCAAAUUGCAAAGCACAAAUACUUCUGAUGAUGAAACAGAAUAUAUUUUUAUGGAUGAUGCUUCAUCUAAUCAAGGUGAAAUAUCAGAAACUUUCUCUGUUGCUAACUUCAGAAGAACAAAUGACUUCUCUUAUAAAUGUUAUGAGAAAAACUGAUAAUAUUUCAGAUAAAAAAUUGAAAAAAACUUCAGAUCUCCCAUAAUUCUACGUCUAUUUGUAUUGUUCUUUCAUUUUUGUCGAAUUAUUCACCAAUAAUUUUUUUACUGAAAAACCUAAAAACCACAACGUUAAUGAAAAGUCAUGCAGCCAAAACUUUCAAUUUAAAAAUUUUAGUUCUGAUUUAUCGAUUUGAAAUAGAAAUCAUGAAUUCUUGUGAAUGUAUAUGGGUUUCUAGUUGAACUUUUAUAAAUAAGGGUAGGCUUGACUUUUCAAUGCUGAUGAAUUUGUAUGGAUAUUAUAAAUAUUGAUAAAUUUGUUAUGGUUAAAACCAUGAAAAAAGUUUAGUAGAUUGCUGUUAAAAUCAUGAAUUCUUAUGAAUUUAUCUGAGUUUCUAUUUGAAUUUUUAUAAAUAAGGGUAGGCUCGACUUUUAGAAGCUGAUGAAUUUGUUUGAAUAGUAUAAAAUAUUGAUAAAUUUGUUAUGGUUAAAUGAAAAAAGUUUAAUAGAUUGCUGUUAAAAUCAUGAAUUCUUAUGAAUUUAUAUGAGUUUCUAUUUGAAUUUUUAGGAAUAAGGAUAGGGUUGAGUUUUGAGCUGAUAAAUUUGUACGGAUAUUAUAAAUAUUGAUGGAUUUGUUAUCGUUAAAAUUAUGAAAAAUCUUUGAUAGAUUGCUGGUGAAGUAUGGAAUAUUUAUGAAAAAUUGUUAAAAUCAUAAAAUAAUUCUCCAAACAAUAAAAAAUAUCAUUUUAAAAAAAAUCAUGGAAAAUAUAUUAUUUAUUCAUUUUCAAGUUAGCCAGCGGAGUAUUAGAUCUAAGAAAUUUUAUUUUGGGAGAGUCGAGCAUAGUUCAAAAAAAAAAGAAAUGUGGCCCAGCCUCUUAACAAGAUUGGAUUGGGCCCAAUUAUCGAUAAAGAGAGUACGAGUUGAUUGGCUUAGACAGACCGGAAUGUGAAUUGGGCAUUCAAGUUUCAAAGGUAUGAUGGACGACUACUCUCACAAAUUCGGCUAAACUAAAGCCCACUUGUCCAAAUGACGGCCCGACGGGCAGGGUUUUCAAAAUUAAAUAGCAUGGUAUGGCAAUGGAAGGCGAAGGCGAAGGAGGCUAUCUUUAUCAGUUCUCAGUCUCGAUUCUUCCGCGCCCACUCGCAUCAAUUACAAAGUGAAGGAUCAAGGAAUAUGUCGAAAAAAAAGGUGCUACACCAGUUCUCUCUCCAUGUUGCUUUCCUGUCGAUUGUGACUGUUUCAUUGGGUGCACAUGUCCUACCCGGAAAGCCCAUCACUAUUCCACCUUAUCUGAGUCCACCAUGCAAUGCUGCCUAUCCCGAGAACUGUCCGAAGCCUGUUUAUCCUAAUUCGACAAGACCUUGCAAUGAGGCGAACAGAUGUCGGAUUCGGCCAUUGUUUCUUCUAGAUGGCAGUGGCACUCAAUUUCUGGCUUGGCUUUUUGUGGAGGGAAGCCCUUUGAAUCUCAUUAAUGCAGUGCUUGCAAAUGCAACCACUGUUGCAUUUGAUAGAUGGUUAGCAUCCACGUCAGCAAUGAAAAAUGGUUCAAGUGUUAAAAAAGGGGCAUCAUUCUCUCUAUCUCGAAUCGAUACGACAUCAGCUGGUCUUCGUGAUGAGGAGUUGAUUUUAAAUUUCUCCACUACUGUUAAAGAUCUUGGGUAGCUGACAUGAAAGACAUCGUGUAUCGCAUUCCGGUUAUAUUCGGGAAAUUAUGGGUCGAAGGGCAGAAGAAGGGUGGAGCCAAUGGGGGGCAUAAGGAGGGUUCUUCCCCGCCAUGAGAAAUUUGUUUCUAAAUUUGAUUAUAACUAAGUUUUUUUAUUAAGGGAAAAAGGUCAGGUCAUUUGUGAUUCUAUCUGCAUAUUUUCUAUCGUAAGUUUAAGUUGUUUCAAAUUCUCAUUUUAUUAGAUCUGUAAAAAAAUUUUCUGAUCUGUGGCUCUGAUGUUCUAUACAAAGAAGAAGCUAAGUGAGUUUAUUUCCUUACCAUCUA